UGCGGGUGGUACUGGGGCCCCAUGAACUGGGAGGACGCCGAGAUGAAGCUGAAGGGGAAACCGGACGGGUCCUUCCUGGUGCGGGACAGCUCCGACCCCCGCUACAUCCUGAGCCUGAGCUUCCGCUCGCAGGGCAUCACGCACCACACGCGCAUGGAGCACUACCGAGGGACCUUCAGCCUGUGGUGCCACCCCAAGUUCGAGGACCGCUGCCAGUCUGUGGUGGAGUUCAUCAAGAGGGCGAUCAUGCACUCCAAAAAUGGGAAAUUCCUCUACUUCCUGCGCUCCCGGGUCCCAGGUCUCCCUCCGACGCCCGUCCAGCUCCUGUAUCCCGUCUCCAGGUUCAGCAACGUCAAAUCCCUGCAGCACCUUUGCCGCUUCCGGAUCCGGCAGCUGGUCCGGAUCGACCACAUUCCCGAGCUCCCGCUGCCCAAGCCCCUGAUCUCCUACAUCCGCAAGUUCUACUACUACGACCCGCAGGAGGAGCAGUACCUGUCCCUCAAGGAGGCGCAGCUCAUCUCCCGACAGAAGCAGGAGCCCGAGUCCUCCACGUAGCGGGGCGGAGCCGCCCGGCACUGACGGAAUUUGGAUGGUGCCCUCCUGCCAUGGUGGGGGGAGGCCGAGCUCCUGCUGCUGCUGCUCCUGCUCUUUUCCUGGAGGAGAGGGCCCAGCAUUCCUGGGAAGCCAGCAGAGCAGGAUCUGGAGCCCCGGCUCCUGGGAAAAGGAAUCCUGGGGGAACCCAGCCCGGCCCCGCGGAUCCCCGCGGAACAAAGAAUGUCAUGGCACUAUUCCCGAGUUUUCCUGGAAGAUUUCAGUUUGGAUGUCUCUGGAUUUUUAAUUUUUUUUUUUUUUGGAUCUUCAGCAUGAGGAAAAACUGGAUUUUCUGAUCCCGCUGGAUUUUCAGAUCCCACCUUGGGAAUUUCCAGGUGGGGGAGAGGGAGGAGAAAAGGGGGAAUUCUCUGGGAAGAUCCAUCUGCUCCCAGGCAUCGUGGCAAGGCUUUGAUCCUCUCUGGAGAGCUGCAAACGGAGCCAGGGGCUGGAAGAACCCCUGGGAAUAAACAAAGUGUGGAGUUCCGAGCAGCUCCACAGCUCCCCCGCUCCCCAGGAUUUGGGAGAAGAGAUCCAAACCCUCCAGGAGAGGCAGGAGCAUCCUGGGAAAAGCUUGGAGCCGUGGAAGAUGGAAGGAAGGGAGGAAGGAGGAGCGUGGGAUGUGGUGGAUCCAAAGGUGACGCUGCUGGGAGGUUCCCUGGAGCCCUGGGAAGGUGGAAGAGCUGCUGCUGGAAUUGCUGAAGCUGCCCCUGGAUCCUGCAGGGAUCCCAGACCUGGGAUGGGCUCUCCCAGCCUGUCCCUGGUGGAUUCCAGAGGCUGGGAAUGGAGUGAAUCCUCCUGGAGCAGCUCUCUCCUCUCCCUGGGACAUCAGGAACAAAAUCCAAGAGAGUUUUGGCUCUUUCCCUGAUUUUGGGCCCAAAUUCCCUCCCUCGCCCCUUGGGAUCCCCGGCUGCUGCUCCAUCCCCCGAGCAGGAAUUCCAUGGGGGAACUUCCAGCUGGGAAUUCUGGAGAAUUCUCCCCUGCCGUGUGUCAAGGAGCAGCGUUCCAGUGCUCUGAAUCCGAGGAAUUGCCCCAUCCUGCUGGAUCUGAGGAUUCCCUGGAGCCCUGGGACAAUCCCAGUCCUGGAAUUCCUGUGGAUUUCAAUGGAAAAAAUUCCAAGCUGCUUUGCCACAAAAGGUGCUACAAAUCCUGCCCUGCCUGCCUCCUCCAGCUGGGAUUUGGAGGGGGAAAAAAAACCCCACAAUCCUUAAAAAAAUUCCAGGUUUCUGGGUGAAACUGAGCCUGAAAAUCCAUGGAAAUACCUCAUGGCACUGUGUGAGGGAAAACCUUCCCAAGAACCAGGCCUGCUCCAGCUUUUCUUCCCAAAAAA